AUGGACGAGGACACUGUCGCCCUCUGGCGCAUCGCGCCUGCCAACGCGGUCUGCCUGGCGCUGGUGCAGCAGCAGGCGCUGAUGGAGCAGGCGCUGCUGCUGCAGCGGCAGGAGCAGAUGCAGGCGAUGCAGCAGCGGACGCCAGAGCACCCACCGCCGACCGCCUGGCUGCAGCCGCCGGACGAGUGCGAGGGAGUUCGGGGCAGCCCGUGGGAGCUCGAGGACGCCGAGGAAGGAUAG